CUGUUUAAUAUAUGAAAAUUUUAGGGAUCGGAGCUAUGCAAAAUGGGGUAAUCGAGUGAUCUUCCAGUUUCUGUAUCGUUGUCAUGUUUAUUGACUUUGUUGAUAUGGAAGAAUGACUGGAUCAGUCGUUGGAUAAUCUAGCUAGUGGAACCAGACAAUGCUACUGGAUAAGGGAUACUGGAUGUGACAUGGAAGAGUGAAAUGCAGGGAAGGUGCCAGGAAAACCUUUUGCAGGAUCUACUAUAUAAGGAGGGGGGUUUCCUUACCCUGCAGAUGCAUAAGCACGUGAAAUAUAGAUAUGUAGAUAAUAUCAAACAAUACAAAUGUCAAGUAAAAGGCACCCGCUGGUGGUUAGUGGUGUGGUGGGAGAUGUUCUGGAUCCUUUUGUGGCGACAACUGAGCUCAGAGUCUACAGUGAUGGCAGACAGCUGUUUAACGGGUGCAGCUUGCGACCUGCGCAGGUGGCCGGCCGUCCUAGGGUUGACACUGGAGGCGAUGAUUUCCGCACAUUUUAUACUCUUGUAAGAAUGCAUGUCUUUUUCCGCACAUUUUAUACUCUUGUGAUGGUGGAUGCCGAUUCUCCAAGUCCCGGCAAUCCAUAUCUAAGGGAAUACUUGCAUUGGUUGGUGACGGACAUCCCAGGAAGCACAGGGGCGAGCUUCGGGAAAGAGAUAGUGAGCUAUGAAAGCCCUGAUCCAACAAUGGGCAUCCACCGGAUAGCUUUGGUCCUUUUCCGACAACUAGGUGGGCGGGAUUCAGUCGAUCACAAUUCCGAGUGGCGCCAUAAUUUCAACACCCGACAGUUCUCUCAGCUCCAUAACCUCGGCCCUCCUGUCGCCGCUCUCUACUACAACUGCCAAAGGGAAACUGCCGCCUCCUCCUCCAGCGGCGGUGGUGCCAGGUCAUCGUCCUAGCUAUGCAUGCGUGAGUGUCGCGCGCGAACACACACAAACACACACAUAUAUGCAUCCUUGCCAUAAAUAACCAAGCAGAUGUCUUUAUUCCCAAGUGAAUAAAACUUGUGUUUGCAAGUUGGUUGUGAUAUAAAUGUAGUAUUCAAUACGAGGAUCAAAUUCAGUAUAUAUAUUUUUUGAAAUAUACA